AUGAAGUUCAAGCACUCUCCGAACUCGCCUUCUCAAACCCUAACCGCCACGACCUCUCAGGAUGCCAGGCUUCUCGUGCGCGAGACGCUCCGAAUCAGCGCCAACCUCGCCUCCGCUCCGCCGUCGGCGUCGUCCUUGGUUGCUGCGGAGAGUAUUGGAUUGAGGCCGCGUGAGGCAAAUUUGGGACUGGUUGAGGAACAAUUCGUUGAUUCGAGCUUGAGAUUGAUUUGCUGCGAAGAGAUCGAUGGACGAAAAUGGAAUUACUUUGCCGAGAAGGAUAAUUUUAAGCAAUUCAAGAAGAGUUCGAUCCGUGCUGUUGGCUUGCAGACUCACCAAGCCCCUGUAGAUGAAUUGAUGUCAUUCAUAAGAUCCUAUGUAGUGCCAGAAGGUUUUCCUGAUAGUGUUUCACCAUCUUAUGUACCGUACAUGUCAUGGAGAGCUUUGAAGCAUUUUUUCGGUGGAGCAAUGGGUGUUUUCACAACACAAACGCUUUUGAGUUCAGUUGGAGUCUCGAGAAAUCGAGCUGCUCCUGGGGCUGUAGCUAUCAACUGGAUUCUCAAGGAUGGUGCUGGUCGGGUUGGUAAGAUGCUUUUCGCUCGGCAGGGGAAGAAAUUUGAUUAUGAUCUAAAACAGCUUCGGAUCACGGGUGAUCUGCUAAUGGAGUUGGGUGCUGGUGUAGAACUGGUAACUGCGGCAGUUCCACACCUUUUCCUGCCUUUAGCCUGUGCUGCCAAUGUGGCCAAGAAUGUUGCUGCUGUCACAUCAACAUCAACUCGCACUCCCAUAUACAAAGCCUUCGCUAAAGGAGAAAACAUUGGCGAUGUCACUGCUAAAGGGGAAUGUGUUGGAAAUGUUGCAGAUCUG